GAGACAGAGGCGGUUGGUGAUUCUCCGUUCCCUCUCCUUAGUCGAGAUGCGAAUACCCCCCAGCUGCAUGGGCUCAGCACCUGAGCCAGUGGAGGAAGAUGGUAGUGAUGCGGAGAGGGGGGAAACGGAUAACGCGAGCUCUCUUCCACGAGCUCGGUGACGAAGAUCUACCCGUCGUUCUAUGCGAAUAGCGAGUUCAAUCAAAGAAUCCACGCUGGAAGGAACCUCCCGGGAGAGAAUCUCAUCCUUUACCUCCGCGUGGAGACCCUCCAGAAAACGAGCGAGCAACGCCGGCUCGUUCCAGUCACUGGAGGCAGCAAGAGUGCGAAACUCUAUAGAGUAGUCCGUUAUGGAUCGAUUACCUUGACAUAGGGAAGACAGGGCCCUGGAAGCUUCUUUCCCAAAAACUGAACGAUCAAAAACCCGUAUCAUCUCCUCCUUAAAGUUCUGAUACUGGUUAGUACACUCAGCCCUUGCCUCCCAGAUUGCCUUGCCCCACUCACGAGCCCGUCCAGUAAGGAGAGAUAUGACGUAGGCGAUACGAGCUGUACCCCUGGAGUACGUGUUGGGCUGGAGAGAGAACACAAUAUCACACUGGGUGAGGAACGAGCGGCAUUCAGUGGGCUCCCCAGAGUAACACGGUGGGUUAUUAAUUCUGGGCUCCGGAGACUCGGAAGCCCUGGAAGUAGCCGGUGGAUCGAGGCGGAGAUUGUGAAUAUGUUUCGAGAGGUCGGAGACUUGGGCGGCCAGGGUCUCAACGGCAUGUCGAGCAGCAGACAAUUCCUGCUCAUGUCUGCCUAGCAUCGCUCCCUGGAUCUCGACGGCUGAGUAGAGAGGAUCCGAAGUCGCUGGGUCCAUUCUUGGUCGGAUUCUUCUGUUAUGCAGGAAAACCCUUACAGAAUCACCCACCAACCAAGGACCAAGCGGCGUGGUAAACAGCAGCAGCAGCAACAGCAGCAGCAGGAGAAGCGACAGGUGCAGCAGGAGCAACAGCAGCAGCAGCAAAGGCAGGAGAAGCAACAGAGGCAGCAGCAGCGGCAGCAGCAGCAGGAGCAGCAGCAGCAGCAGUGGGAGAGGCUGCACUAUUUGGAGAGAUGGACUUGGGAGGAGAUCCUUGACGGGAAAGGACCCUGGGCAGAGCCAUGGGAAUAUUGCCGCCCCAAAGCCGAGCUGGAGGCAGUGAAGGCAGAGAGGCGGCAUUAUGAGGAGCUAGCAUGGCAGAGCGGCUGGAAGCCCGAGAGGCACCCCCAAAAAUUUCUUGGGGGGGGAGCACAGGGAGAGUGUGGCAGAGUCAGGAGCCAGACCUGAGCCAACUCCCCCUGUUUACCGUAAGGAGCCAUGGAUGUUAUUGGAGCUGUCGGCGAAGCUGAGGGCUGAGUCUGAGAGGGUCGAGGAGUUAUUGGAUAGAAUGGAGGAGAGUGAACGGAUGGGAGAUGAGGAGACACUCGAGGAGGUGUUAAUAGAAUUGGGGGAGUGUGAAGAGAGAGAGCAGUUGAUUUGGCGUAGUAUGCAAGGCAUUCGCCCUGAGGUGUGUGUCCCUAGCCCGGUACCACCAGUGCCGGCACCCCGCACCAGGCUGUCUCUCCGUCCCAUCAACACAGGUGUUCCCGCCUGUCCGGCGCUGCCAGAGCUCCCGCUCCUCAGUCUAGAGGCGCCAGAGCCCCUCAGUCCAGAGGCGCCAGAGCUUCUCUGUCCAGCGCGGCCAGAGCCUUCCUCCUCUCCAGCGCAGAAGGAGUCUCCCGCCUGUCCGGCGCUGCCAGAGCUCCCGCCCCUCAUUCCAGAGGCGCCAGAGCCCCCCAUUCCAGAGGCGCCAGAGCCCCUCAGUCCAGCACUGCCAGAGCCUUCCUCUCCAGCGCCGUCUGAGCUACCCGUCUGCCCAGCGCCGUCUGAGCUACCCGUCUGCCCAGCGCCGCCAGUGCCGCCAGUCUGCCCAGCGCCGCCAGUCUGCCCAGCGCCGCCAGUCAGCCCAGAGGCGCCAGAGCCCCUCAGCCCAGAGGCGCCAGAGCCCCUCAGCCCAGAGGCGCCAGAGCCCCUCAGCCCAGAGGCGCCAGAGCCCCUCAGCCCAGAGGCGCCAGAGCUGCCGCCCCUCUGUCCCGAGCUGCCGCCCCUCUGUCCCGAGCUGCCGCCCCUCUGUCCCGAGCUGCCGCCCCUCUGUCCAGAGCUGCCGCCCCUCUGUCCAGAGCUUCCGCCCCUCUGUCCAGAGCUUCCGCCCCUCUGUCCAGAGCUGCUGCCCCUCAGUCCAGUGGGGUCAUUUAGAGGGGUCGCCGUGGUUAGGAGGCCACGGAAGCAGACAAUAAGGCGGACUAAGACAAUGGUGAAGUGGGGUCCGCGUCCUGCGCCAGAGCCGCCACCGCGGACAGACGCCCACCCAGACCCUCCCCUAUAGGUCAAGGUUUUGCGGCCGUAGUCCGCACCUUUGGGAGGGGGUACUGUCACGUUCUGACCUUUAUUGCCUUUGUUUUGUAUUUAUUUAGUAUGGUCAGGGCGUGAGUUGGGUGGGCAGUCUGUUUGUUUUUCUAGGUUUUGGGUAUUUCUAUGUUUCGACCUAGUAUGGUUCUCAAUCAGAGGCAGGUGUCAUUAGUUGUCUCUGAUUGAGAAUCAUACUUAGGUAGCUUGGGUUUCACUGUGUGUUUGUGGGUGAUUGUUCCUGUCUUUGUGUUUGCACCAGAUGGGACUGUUUUAGGUUUUCUCACGUUUGUUGUUUUUGUUAUCUCAUGUGUAGUUUCUUUAUAAAUUAAAGAACAUGAAUAACCACCACGCUGAA